AUCACCUAGAAGGGAAGAAAAACAUUCAUCUAGAAGACAAGAAAAUUCCUUUCUGUUUGUGUAUCAGUGCAACAUGAGUGCUAUAUUUGAUAUUUUGUGCUGGUGUGUGUGAUUUUUUUUUUCUUUAGAGCUGCAGGCCUUCUGCACAGUUUGGCUGGCUGUUUUCUCUCCUCUUUCCUCCCUUUUAGCGCCUCAUUGUUGGGGAGGGUGGAGGGUAAAGAAUAUGACAUCUGGGAAAGUUGCCGGACGAGCCUUCAAUGUGGGCAUUGUUCCGCACAUCAUUUGUCACGUCUCCUUUUCACUGCCACUGUCCGUAUAGUCGAGGAGGAGUUGUAGUUUGCAGCCAAGGGGAAAUGUGAGGAGGAGGACCUCAAACAAACAUUUCCAACGGACCGGACUGGAUGGAGAACCCGGCCUGGUGAGGAAAAGCAUGAGGCUCCGGAGAAGGAAAAAAGUAAGUUCACCAAAGUUGGAUUUUACGCACUCGCAGUGUGAGUUUGAUUAAAGUUUUCGGGAGUAACGCGGUUAUAUUUAGCAUUUAUAAGCAGCAAAGGCAACCAAUGAAUCAAAUGCGAAGACAGGAGGAGGUUUAUUAAUGCACAUUAUUUUUAAAAAUCCUCCUGUAAAGACACAUUAUAUAUUGCGUAACAUCUGUUCAGCCUGCGCUGUGCAGCUGUUGACAAUUACCCAAACAAACACUUAUACAUAUAUAUCUGCUGUUUGUUUACUGCUUAUAGAUGCCAAACAACAUUUUUAAAUCACGGUUAUUUAUGAGUAUUUGUUUGCUUAUCGACUCGCUCAUGUUGCCUGCGUGGGGAAUCAAGCCUCUGCCACCGCCGAUUCAAGAGAAUUAAUUCGGGGCAAUAAAUCCCCUCCUCUGCGCACACGUGGUUCCUGCAGCUAAUUGACAGGAGCGGUUGCAGUGCGCUGCAUUUGUCAGCAGGCCUGCAGACUGAGUGGAGGGCGGCUGGAGGUGGAGGUGGUGGGGGUAUGUGGAGGGUGUGUGUGUGUCCAUCAAACACCAGACAGAAGAAGAAGAAGAAGAGAGAGAAGACGAUGAGGAAGAUCGCGAGUGAUGGGCGUAAAGUGCAGCUCGGGGAUGUUGUCAUACAUGAGUGAUAACGACAUUCCACGAGGAUCAAACCUAUUUGUAUUUAUAUUUAUGGUGCAUGCGUUUAUUCAGUGCAAACUGACUUAUCAGGUCAGUCCAUCUGCACCUCCACCCCCCAGCUCACACACACACACACACACACACACACACACACACACACACACACACACACACCCUCCACCUCUCAUAUAUCAGAGGGCAGUUUUUGUCUAAACAGCGCACUUAUUGCUGAUUUUUCUUUGUGUGUUUAUGGCGCUUUUUAUAGGCUCUCAGGAGGAUUUAUGUUUAUAUGUGCACCUGUGUGCACCUGCAGUGCUUUACUCAAGUAUUUCUGUCUACUUUCACUACAUUUCAAAAGCAAAUAUUUGCUAUUAUUUCUCUGAUAACUUUGCAGAAUAACAAUAAUUGUGUUAAUGCCUCCUAUUAUAUGUUAACAGAAUAAAAAACUUUUUUUUAUUGUGCUAUAACCAUAUGUGUAACAUUAAAGUAAUGCUUGCACUUCAAUGCACCAUCAGUUAUAAUCCGGUAUUUUUAUUCUUCCUAUGCCAUCAGAAUGAUUUUUGGCUUUGGAAUUCUGUUUGAUAAUCACACGAUAAUUCUAACUGGCAUCAUCUUUUCUUUCUCAAAGACACACAUUAGGGUUAGACCUUACUUUGGGCACCUUUGAUGGUAAUACUUUGCACUUUAGCACAAAGGGGUUAAGCAGGGUAGCUGCAUGCUUGUUGUUAAGCACUUAUUUCUGAGGACUAAAUCUCAGAAAUUCAGUGCCACACAAAUUGCAGCUUCGACUGAUGGGAAUGUCUUAGCACAAAGGCAGCUUGUAGUUGAACCUUCCAGGGCUAUAAGCUACAUCUGGUGGGAUUCAUCAGCAUACAUGGAGAGCUGUACAGCUGUUCAAGCAGACGGUACUCGGCAGACUUUCAGCGCUGACCAAAGCCACAAAAAACCCUACAUGUGGGGGCACAGAGUAUGUUUUGCAAGACUGAAAUUUUGAUAAUUAACUAUCCAGAUUUUAGCCGGGAUAGGCUCAAGACCCUGAAUUGGAGAAGAAGGAGAAAAUUCAACUUAAACAAAAUAAACCAAAACUAAUCAUAUGGAGCUGAUGGUGUGAAGGGCAAGUGUGAUGUUUCAUUCAAGUGCAUUCAAUCACCUGUGACUCUCAGCAGGGAUGCAUGAAUCAACACAUUUCCUGGUAAACUACAGCCAAUCAAAAUGUGGAAAAUCGUGGUGGUGGUGGGGGGGGGUUCUGAUCACCGUGUAGUACUGCAUGCAUGCACAGGAAAUGUCAUCUCUUCUGUAUGUUUUUAACGUUUUGGAGCAAAAACAACACAUCACGCUUCUUUCUCCUUCUGCUAAAUUCCACUUUUAAUGUUUAUUUUAAUUCAGUCUUUGUUUAAUCAGUAAAAUGUGACUCGUGGAGCAUAAAUCUGGUUUCUCAGAGCGUUCUGGCCAAAUAUAGGAAGCAGUUUAAUCAACGGUGAUUGCACAAAAUAACUGCACCAGUGUGCGUGAGGUAAAUCAGACCUUUUGGACAUAAGGCCCACCGCUGCCAUGAGACAUUUAUGUGGCACGCAUCAAAGAUCAAAGACGUCCAUUUGCAUUAAUUAACGCCACUGAGUUAAAUAUUACCCUCAAGAGCCAAUCAAAGAGAUCGAGCAAAACGUGAAGACGAGAGAUCAAAGCACCGCCAAUCGAUCCGCUGCAGCGGUCACCAAAAACCAAAGCCAGCACAAGCCAGGCCUCGUUACAAGUUUUUCUUUUCGUUUUUAAUGGAUGCUGCUGUGCUGACCGCGGUCUGUCUCCACUUUGGUGCUUUGAAAUGAACCUGUCUGAUCUCUCUUUUAAAUUAAGGAAGAAAGGAUCCAUUACGCAAAGAAUGCAUUUGGUAUAUAAAGACUAAACACUGAUAGCUUUCUUUGGCUGAGUAAUUUAUAGCAUCUCUGGCAUCGGUCCUGAGCUGGAUGUCUGAAUUUAUUGUUACAGCAGCUGGACGACUUCCCAGGAUUGUUUAAACAAGACGUGACUGCCUGUGUGUUCAUAGAAGUGUGAUUUUUCUGCGCCCCGAAAGCUUCGCGGUGAAAUUAAAAACUGGUAGCCUUUGGGUGUUUUUAAUGCAUGACAGUAGUGGUGGUGGAGGUGGGAAGCAUCUCCUUAACAGGCCAUUUUCCUUAUCUAAAUCUACUUCAAAUCGACUUCAGUGCCAAAAAUAUUUCAGCUCUCCCUGCCCUCUGCUGAGCCAUCUUAAUGUUUCUGGGUUUUCAUUCUGCUCUAAUUGCCGUAGAAACGUAGAGGAAGUCAAUUUGCCAUAUAGAAAGGCGUAAAAAUCCCCUUUCUUAUCUUUAUCGCAGGCCUAUUACCAUACAUGAAACUGAGCCUGCACGAUCAGCAGAAAGGCUUUCUUUUUACGCGCACACACAGACACAGACACACACACAUCCACACACACACACACGCUGAUCCUGUGUGCAGAAAUGCAACGCAGGGCGGUCUGCAGCUGCAGAAACACUGUCCACUCCUUCACCACUCAAAGCCACGUCGCGUGCACCUUAACGCACGAGAGCCGCGUGCUUCUGCUGGGAUUAUUCACUAAUCCGGGAGGUUUUCCAAAGGCCAAGAAGCCCUCGGCUCUGUGGAAACCUGCCAUGUGACAUUUGGCUGCCAGCGCUUCGCCACAAGGUCAAAAAGGGAGGGGAGGAAAGGAGGGGGAGGGGGAGGAGGGGACCCUGUGCACGUUUAAUGGAAAUGCAGAAAACCAGCAGCGCUUCACACAGCAUCCACCAUCAUCACCAUCACCACCGUGACCUCUUCAGCGAGUCUCCGGAUGGUGUGAGCGGCUUUGAGGGCGCUCAGGAGCAAGUGGAGGCGUCUGAGCAUGGCAUGUUUCCCCGGAGGUCAAAGCAGCAAAACCCAAAGUUUGCAAUGAGCAGAAAGAUUUUCCCCUGGAUGAAAGAGUCCAGACACUCAGAUCAGAAACCCGGGAGGAGAGUCGCAGACUGCCCCGUGAACGAGAACAGUCCAAGCAGCGCGACCCCGGCCUCCAAGCGAACGCGCACCGCGUACACAAGCGCGCAACUGGUGGAGCUGGAGAAGGAGUUCCACUUCAGCCGCUACCUGUGUAGGCCGAGGCGCGUGGAGAUGGCCGGCCUGCUCAACCUUCACGAGAGGCAGAUCAAGAUCUGGUUCCAGAACCGGAGGAUGAAGCAGAAAAAGGACCAGCGAGGUCAGGGCCUCCCUGCAGCCAUCACCACCUCCUCCUGCUCGCCCUCGUCCUCCCCCUCCGCCCCGGGAAGCCCCACUCUGUCGAGCCUGGGUUAUGUCCAUCUGGGAGGGGAUUACCAACCGGCCUCCCCUCCGCUCAGGCCCCAGCAGCAGCAGCAGGAGCAGCAGCCUGCGUACCCGGCAAACUACUCUAAAUAUCCAGUUUCAGGCUUCACGCACGGCCCGCAGUUUGAUGUGCAGUACAGCACACACACCAGCUCACACACACCAAACCCCAACCUGCGAGGAAACGACCUGAGCGGCUCGUAUUUCUCACAGAGCUGCAGUCCUCAGGAAAGAAUCAUGCAAGCUCCCAAACUGACCCACCUGUAGCGCACGGUGUGGAUUUAUAAAGAAGCGCACUACUGAUAUAUCUCCAUGCAUGCGUUAUUUAUUUAUUUAUUUGACUAAUUAAUCAGAAUAUUAGUCUCAAAUGUUGUUGUUGUUUUUAUCUGUAUUUAUAAAUCAUUCGCUGUGUGUUUUAAGUACAUAGUUUCGGUUAUUUUCUUUUCGACUUUAACUUUUCGUUUAAUAAUUUAGACCUUAAAUUAAAAAGGUUAACUGCUGUAAUUUAGCCAACAUA